AUGACUUCUGUCUUCCGCUGCAGCCCCAAGCUGCGGUCUGCAGCUCGGAUCCCCGCUGCCCGGGCCCUGUCCACCACGGCCCACCUGCGGGCGACGGAGAAGCCAUACUUCCCCAAUGAGCCGACGGGUCCCUCAGUCUCGACGGCGAUCCCGGGCCCCAAGAACACAAAGGCGGCUACGGAGCUGAACGAGGUCUUCGAUGCACGCAGCUUGAACAUGCUGACUGACUAUUCCCAGUCAGUUGGAAACUACAUUGCGGAUCUGGAUGGCAACAAGCUACUGGAUGUGUACGCUCAAAUUGCCUCCAUCCCGGUGGGCUACAACAACCCGCACCUCCAGCAGGUGGCAACCUCGCCGGAGAUGGUCACAUCCUUGAUCAAUCGCCCGGCCCUGGGUAACUUCCCGUCUGCGGACUGGGCGAACAUCCUCAAAACAGGUAUUCUCAAGGCGGCGCCCAAGGGCCUGGACCAGGUGUUCACCGCCAUGGCCGGCUCGGAUGCCAACGAGUGUGCGUACAAGGCCGCUUUCAUGUACUACCGCCAGCUCCAGCGGGGUGGCCCGCACGUCGAGUUCACUGAGGAGGAGCUGCAGUCCACCAUGGAGAACCACUUGCCCGGCUCUCCGCACCUGUCAAUCCUCUCGUUCAAGUCGGCCUUCCACGGCCGUCUGUUCGGCUCUCUGUCCACGACCCGCAGCAAGCCUAUCCACAAGCUGGACAUCCCGGCUUUUGACUGGCCCCAGGCCACCUUCCCACUUCUCAAGUACCCGCUGGAGGAGCAUGCGCAGGAGAACGCACAAGAAGAGCAGCGCUGCCUGCAAGAAGUCGAGCGCCUGAUCCAAGAAUUCCACAACCCCGUCGCGGCGGUGAUGGUCGAGCCUAUCCAGUCCGAAGGCGGCGACAACCACGCCUCGCCCGCCUUUUUCCGCGGGCUCCGCGAGAUCACCAAGCGCCACAAUGUUCUCUUCAUCGUCGAUGAGGUGCAGACCGGCGUCGGCGCCACCGGUAAGUUCUGGGCCCACGACCACUGGAACCUCGACUCGCCGCCCGACAUGGUCACCUUCUCCAAGAAGGCUCAGACCGCCGGCUACUACUACGGCAACCCGGCCCUGCGCCCCAACAAGCCCUACCGCCAAUUCAAUACCUGGAUGGGCGAUCCUUCCCGCGCCCUGAUCUUCCGCGGUAUCAUCGACGAGAUCGAGCGUCUCAACCUCGUUGAGAACACUAAGUCUACCGGUGAUUACCUUUACGCCGGCCUCGCCGGUCUGGCGACCAAGUACCCUGAGCACUUCCAGAACCUGCGCGGCAAGAACCGGGGUACCUUCAUUGCCUGGGAUACUCCCAAGCGCGACCAGUUCGUCGCCAAGGCCAAGUCCCAGGGGGUGAAUAUCGGCGGCAGUGGCCAAAACGCUGUGCGCUUGAGGCCCAUGCUGGUCUUCCAAAAGCACCAUGCUGAUAUCCUCCUGGAGAGAAUCGAGCAGAUCAUCAAGCUUCUCUAA